CGAAGUUUAGAUCUCUGCGGGACUCGACAUAAACAACGAUGGCGGAAGACGUUUUAAUUUCUGAUAGCAGUACCAGCCUUACAAAGUCUAAGAAAAAGAAAAGUGAAAGGACAAAGCUUGUGAAAGAUGUUGAGGAAAUUCCUUUAGCCCCACAAAGUGAUGCCACAAGAAAGACCAAGGCAAGAUUUGAUCAGUUGCUGAAACAAGCGGUAGACCAGGGCAACAGUGAUGUGAAGGUUGGGAAAAAGAAGAAGAAACCCAAGGAUAGUGAUGAUGUGUUAGAGAAGCUGAAGAAAGGAGAGGGUUUGGUGAAAGAUGAAGAUGCAGCCAUUCUUGCCAAUACAUAUGUACCUGGAGACAGCCCUAAAAAUGAGAAGAGCAACAAAAAGAGAGAUAAAACACUGGAAGGAACAGAAAAUCUUGCCUAUGAAGAUGAGACAACAUUUUCCACCCGAAAUAGCAAACGUCUACAGAAGAAAAAGGAGAAAAAUGACUCAGACAGGACCAUGUCAAUAUCUGAUUUGGCACCCCCUGUGGUUACCUCUAGUUCAUCAGAAACCCAGAAAAAAGUGAAGAAAAAGAAGAAGGAAGCGAAUUCUGAGGCUGUGUACCCAGAGGAAAAAGAAGUUGUCUCCCCUGGUGAGGAGAAGAAAGUAAAGAAAAAGAAGAAGCGUAUCCCUGAGACAUUGAGUCCUGAAGAAACAGAGUCUGUAACAUCACCAGUUGUCUCCCCUACUGCUACACCUAGGAAAAAAGGGCAUGCCAAGAAAGUGUUAUCAGAGACAGGUGUAACUGGAGAGGAAGCAGUGCCACAUGAUGUUCAGAGGAAGAAAAAAAGAGAGGGGAAAGAAGAAGAUAGAUCAGCCUCUGUAGAUGAUCUAACAGCAGAAGCUCCUGUCAAAGUGAAGAGAAAGAAGAAGACAAAGCCUAGCCCCAGUCCGCCACAGGUAGAUGGAGAAAGCAUUGAAUCUCCGAGAUCCGCCCUUUCAUUAACUGGGGACGAAGCAGACACAGCUCAAAUUGUUGAUGAAACAACAAAAAUUAAAAAGAAGAGAAAGAAAAAGAAAGAGGAAGAACCAGCUGAUGAGUUUGCCGAGGCGGAAGCUGUCCCUGAUGUGGAGGAUGAUGGCCGUAUUCUAGCUGUGACCAUUCACAGAACAGACAAGCUUAAAAAUGACUUCUAUAUUUUACAUCCUUUGGUGCGCGUCCAUGUUGUGAAUGAAAAGACGGGAAAUUAUUUACGUAAACAACAUAGUGAUCGUCCUGUCACGUCUUUUUAUGAAAACAAUCAAGAUAACUUGGGGUAUAUUCAGCCCAUAAUCACCCAGCCAUAUGAUUUUAAGGAGAAAAGGUCAACAUUACCGAUGUGGGAAGAACUUUUGGUAUUUAAUGAAAACUUUAAUUAUUUUAUACAACAAGAUCCAAAAGUUAUCAUAUUUUUUGAGCUAUUAGACUUUGUGAGUAUGAACACAGCCAGUCGACAAUAUGACCAGGCAAAGACUCAGGGAGGCUGGCACAGAAUAGCAUGGGCCUUUCUUAAGGUAGUGGGCAGUAAUGACAAGCUGAACGCAGGCAGUAAAGUAAGGUUACAGUUGUAUCAUCCCCCAGAGAGAUUCCGAUUGGAUUCUGGUCAAGUUGAGCUCUACCAGUGGUGGGAGACCGCAACUCGUCGUCCUUACCCCUCCACACUUUAUGUGACCCUAAAGGGUAUCACACCCCCGUCUACUGUUCAGCCAUCCAUGAGGUCACUCUAUGCAACUCAAGAGGAGGUAGGAAAAAUGACAUAUCAGGAUCUGAAGAAAAGUCUGCAUGUCACAGGCUCAACAAGGCGUGAUCAUACCCAGAAGAAGUACAUGACCACCUGGGCCAGGCUAGCAGGACAGGCAUGUAAAAUCCCAAACAGUCUCUUACUCAGUCUUCAUGGUGGCACCAAGGGCUGCUUCGUCAUCAAGUUCUCCCACAAUGGAAGGAGCCUAGCAUGUGCUUGUCAGGAUAGGGAUGGCUACCCCAUUCUGUUGUAUGAGAUUCCAUCUGGAGAAUUGCUUGCCCGAUUAUCAGGUCAUUUUGGCAUAAUAUACGAUCUGUGUUGGUCUAACAUGGACAGCCACCUGUUGUCAGCCUCUUCUGAUGGCACAGCCAGAUUGUGGGAUUUACAAGAUCUCAGUAAGGUGUCUGAGCAACUACUGCCGCACCCAGCCUUUGUGUACACUGCCCAGUUCCACCCCCGUGUGCCUUCUGUAAUCGUGACUGGGGGGUAUGACCAGGUGAUACGUGUCUGGGGGACCUCCCCUAACAAGACCAACCCAGAGUUGUUACAAGAGAUUGAGGGUCACCGUGGCAAUGUGAACUCUCUCUGUUUUAAUGAUGAUGGAAGCAAGCUCUACACAGCAGACAGUCUGGGAAGCAUAAAAAUAUGGAAUGUCUAUGUUUCUGAAGAACCAAGUAGAAGAGGAUUUAUUCGGGACUGGGGAUUAUAUCAGGAAAUACAGGAAACAGAGCUAAUGGGCACACCAAUAAACUACCUCAAGAUGCACCCCAGUGGGCGCCGCCUUCUUGUUCACUCCCGAGACAACAUGAUUCGCAUGAUUGACCUUAGGAUAUUACGGAUAAUGCAGAAGUAUAUCGGAGCCCUGAACUUCCGUGAAGAAAUCCAUAGUACAAUAUCACCGUGUGGCACAUUUGUCUUAGCUGGCUCAGAGGAUGGAUCAGCCUAUGUGUGGAACACGGAAACAGGUGACCAAGUGGCAUGUUACUCUGAGCUGAACUAUCGCCACCCUGUCACAAGCCUGGAUUAUCAUCCUCGUGAUCAUAUGAUCGCUUUUUGUUCACUUGGCGACAACCAGGCUGUCUUUGUGUACAACUACAACCCUCAAGUGGCAGCUAUUGGUGCAGGAAUACCGGUGAAACCAAAAGAAUCUCUCAGUGCUACAAAAGCAGGGGAAGUCAGCUCAACUGUUAUCUCCAAGGAUGACUUUGAAGCCUCAGAAACGGCACGUUUGGAAAAAGUCAUGAAGAAACUGGCUUCUGUUUCGCUAUCCUCUCAGCCUAUGAUCCUGGCAGAGUUACAUCCCCUUGGCAUUCAGGAACCCUCACCACGUACUAUGAGGACAGGCUUGUUGGGUUCCUCCUGGGGUUACGAUCAGACCUCAUCAUACAUCACUUCCCGCUCCAUGAGUCCUCCACCACAGAUGUUUUCUCCCCAUGCUCCUCACUCCCUGGGCUCCACAGUGCAACAACAACAAAUGGCCUCUCAAGACCUCUACUUCAAACAAGCUGAUGGUGGUUGGAGACCAGGCUUCAGUUCAGUUGGUCGCCAUGGAGCUCGGUCCAGCAGCCCUACUCUCUGGGGAAAACCUCCCACUAUGUCUAUGAGUGCUUCUCAGGGUAAAGCUCAGUUUAGUUUCCAAGCUCCACUAGGAAAAAGUGGCAAAGUGAGAAAGGUGGUAGCCUUGUACGACUACAAAGGUCAAAGAUCAGAUGAGUUGACCUUCCUCCAAGGGGACAUAAUCAAAGUGCUGUAUAAGGACAACGAAAAUUGGUGGAUGGGAGAGCUACGCGAUGGCCAGCAGGGAUUCUUCCCAGCCAACUAUGUGGCAGAAGAUGAUGUCACUACAGAUGAUUUGGCCGAUGAUGUCUCUCAAGAUGGAAAACAGAGUGAGGAGGACAAGCAAAAGAAAAAGGUGACAGCAGUGAAGACAAGGACUGGGGAACUCAAGUUCAUGUCAGCUACAGAGGACAGUGAAGAUGAUCACCUGACCCCAAAGAAAAGAACAAGGAGGAAGAAGAAGGCUGGUGAAUCCGGCUCAGAUAUCAGUAUGAAGGAGAAGUCGAGUGGGAGCAAAACACAGCUGAGAGCACACUUUCAGGAGGAAGAGUCGUACGCCUAGGUGACCC